UUGUUUCGUUCGUGUUAACUCUGUCAAAAAACAGAACAAGUUAGCCUAAAAUAUUUAAUAGUAAAAAGUUGAGUUGAUGGUUGAUGAUAGAUAUUGUUAUUUUGGUAGGAUUAAAAACUCUGCAACUGUCCGGUUCUCGUUGGCCCUUAUCUUUACCACUUUACCUUGGAUGGAGUGGUGUCAUGUGAUACCCUAAGUAUUGAACGCAUUUUACACUUUAAUGGUUCUGCCAAAUGAACACAUUGGCCUAUUAAAGGUUGCAGGAUGGAAUCUCUACCACUAGAGAUGGUGGAGAAAAUCUCCGAGUACUUAACUCCACAAGACUUGGGAUGUUGUGCCGCAGUGUCUAAAGGGUGGCGUGAGACAUUUAACCAAGAUAUUUUGUGGAAGCGGCAUUGCGAUGCUGAGUUGGAGGAACCUCUGCGUAACAUACCGUCAGUUGCUGAGUCUAUUUUUGUUGCACCUGAAGACAUACAGUCCAGCUUGUCACCAAUCUGUCCGUGGAGGUUGGCCUUCAUGAGGGAAACUCACCUUCGCAGAAACUGGAAGAAUGACUCACCCAAAGAGUAUCAGAUUUCUCAAGAAUCCGAACAAGAAAUGGGAUUAUAUGUGAAUAAAAGUUUAGGGCAAAGCUUAUUUUUAACUGAUACACUUUUUGUAAUGUGGCGUUCAAAUGCCAUAGAGAUCUAUGAUGUAGGCUCAUAUCCACCAGUUUUGCUGAUUAAAUCGGACACGUCAUUCAACGUAAAUAUGUGGGAGUCCUGUCACCCCGUUAGAAGUGACACAUUGGUUAUGAAACAAAAGUCUUGUAUUCAAGUGUUUAUUGUAAAUGUAGGAAGUAAAAGUAUCAGUCUAAAUCACAAUAUACAACUCGAUCCCAAUGACACGUUAAAUAGUUUUGUAGUCAAAUCUUUCAAUGAUGGUUCCAUUAUAGGUAUUGCAGGAAGCUCAAAAACGUCAACAAUAACCAUAUUUGAUCUAAAAAGGGGGGAAAUAAUAAAAAGAGAAGAAUGUCCCUUAGAAAAUGAACCUGCAAAACUUUGGGAAAUCCGUUCUACACCUUUGAGUGAAGAUGUAUUAUGUUUAUAUAAACACACUAAAAGUUCUGUUGCAACAGCCUAUGUAUACAGUUUCAAACAACUUCAGUUUUUGCCAUCUGCAUUUUGCCUAAGAAAUUAUUGUUAUUACAUUUGGAAUUACGAGUGUGCAAUCAUCAAAAAUUUUUUAGCUUUCACGAACAAACGAAAGUUAAUAAUUGUCAACUAUCUAACAUCAAAAAUUGUAUUUUCAUGUAAAGUUACGCUUGAUUGUUUGUAUUUAAACACUUUGAAAGAUGACUUCAUAUUUUUAGAUUAUAAUGAUACGAGUAGAAAAUACUUGAUUCGAUCUUACUCUGUUAAAAACAAUUUACUUUCAGAAAUCUUUGAAUUUUCACCUGAUGAUGAUCAUACCCAUAGCUCUCUUGAAGUAUCUUUUAACAAGUUUGUGCUCGUACAUAAUGCUAGAGUUACUUCUGUUUUUGAACCUUCAGGUAGAUCACUUAAAGAUUUGUUUGGGGUGAAUAGGUUUUUCCUUACCAGAAUUAAUAAUAUAUAUUUCAACAAGUCAUUAACCCGAAGCUUUUUUGCUGAUUUUAGUGACAAUGUUUAUGUCCACUAUUACUGGUAAUAAUCUCAUUACCAAGCAAGACUCAGACUACAUGUAUGAAUUUGUAGUCAACAAGUGUGAUCUUGUCUACUGAUUGCCAUCGGAGUAAAAAAGCGUAAUGGUCAUUACAGGUACUUAUAAAAAUAACUACAUACAAAAGAGAUAGUUAACAUUAGAAAUUAAAAAUAUUAUUGUUCAUAUAAUAUUACCUAAAUCGUAUAUUUGUAUUGUGCAUUGCAUCCACCAAAUAGUCUAAAAAAUUUUAGGCAAUUCGCUACAGCAUUUAAGAGUUUAUCUAAU